AUGCCUGAGGAAGGGGAGAUUUUCGAGUUUUUGACCAUUUCAAUGGCAAGGAUAACAGGCACCGUGCUGCUUGCUGUUUAUAACUACAACCUAUCAAGAGAGCUUGUCUCCAAAUCGUCGCUGGGAAUUCUGCUUAUUAUUUUAGCCCUCAUCUUGGCACAUAUAGGGAUCCAGAAAAAGUUCAGCCCAGAACCCUUGGUAGUCACACUAGUCAUGACGGUGUCGUCCCUCUGGAGCAAUUCUGGCAUUAUACUUCUCUUAGCAGACAAUGGGAUCCUUUCAGCAUCAGGACAGUUUCGAGAAACCCAAUUCCCGGGCCUAGUAGCCAUCUGCUGUGCCUUCCUCAUUAUAGGCUGUGUGGGAACGCUCCAAAAUAAAGGAGCCUUCCCGCUUCUGUCUUUUGGUCUUGGCCUUGCCAACAUCCAUGUCCUUGCCAUGUCCAAUGACCCUUCUCUUGGUUCCUCGGGUAUCGCUUGCAACUUCAUGAUAGUCACCGUUAUCAGCAUCUAUCUGGUGGCCGUAAGGUUUGCAAACAUGAGGGCUGGGAAAAAGGCCUUGCCGGCUGAGAAAAAAGUCAGCUUCCCAAACCGGAUCUCAAGGAACCACCUGGUUGUCUCAGGAAUUUUAGCCAACAUAGUGUCAUCCAGCAUCCUCUCUGGAAAACUCUUGGGGACGGUCACCGUCCUGUUCAGCGGCCAAGCCAAUUGGAUGUUCACAUCGGCAGCGUACCAGGUGGCGGUGUCCGUUGCGUCCUUUUGGGCCAGAGAUAUAAUACACGCCACUUUCUUCAGCUUGUUGGCCAUGCUGAAGAUCGUAGAAGGAUAUUCCCUUUUAAACCAGCCAAGUACCUCAGGAGAGCAGUUACUCCCUUCCUCCUUCAUGGUUGUGUUGGCCGUCCUUUUCUUUACUUUAUCUUUGAUGAUGUGCCUUCAGAAUGUCUGCAUCGGCCUAUAUACGCUCCUCUUUGCCAUUUAUUGCGCCACUUUAACUCUUCCCAGCGGUAUAAACCACAAUGCAGCGCAGUCGGUCAACCUGGUCAUCUUCUUUACGUCGGUGGCCCACAUGUCUCUUAGACUCUACCUGUCAAAGACCGACUUCAGAAUCCCGGAACGUAAAGGUCUAGCGCAGAUGAUGAAUUCCUGUUUCCGAUGUAUGAAGAUCACGCCAAGAAUAGUCAUGCACCACCCUUAUUCUCCUACCUUGAACACCCGAGAUGUGGACGUCAUUGGCCACGCGUUCAACACCCUGGCAACGUUCUCCCUGACGGUACAGGCACAGGGCACCUUUAUACUGGUCAUGGCGAGCGGAAGCAUGGUGCACAUGGCCGGUUUGAUGUCCCUGUAUACCGGAAAGGCGGCGGAGAGCAGCGCUUUUGUUUUUUACGGCGUGCUGUGGGUGACUUGGGGCCUUGCAGAGUAUAUGGCGCUCCAAGUGCCAGUGAGAGCAUUUUACAUAGCCGUGGGCAUUAUCUGUUUCUUAGUUUUGAAUGGGUUUCUUACCAUGUGCAUGACCACUCUUAACACAGCCUGGUUCACGAAUUCACUUUUUCUGGAGGUUCUGCUCAUUAUGAGUUUGUUGAACACCUUAAAUAUUGUCCCCAGUCAAUGUGUUGUUGUUUUUAGCAUACUGUUCGGUGUGGUGAGCUUUUACUGCUUUUUAGCUGCCCUGGUCAAUGGGACUUUGGUGGCACCUCAUCUGCCAUGGGGAAAGCCACUCCUGAAACCCACGCUGCCUCAGGAGAGUUGUACCCUAUGCCCGUUUCCUGCCAAGAAAGUCACAUCUAUCAGGAAAAUAGCAGAACUCAUGAAGUCCGGGGGGAUCUGCGUUAUUCCUGUGGAUCUGGGUUACGCCGUUGCAUCGUCCUGUUAUUUCUCAGACUCGGUACAGAAGGUGUCCAAACUAGAAAUGGAAGCCGAGGACGCCGAGAUCUCAAUUUUCAUCAGCGGCUUCUCAGAUCUCCGGGAAGAAAAAUCUGUCCUCGGCAGACGUCUCCGGGGUCUCAUCCUGGGCCUGGGGCCAAAUCCUGUCGGCUUUGUACUUCCUAGAAAAGUGCUGAAGCAUCUUCUUCAUCCCGCGGUGAGUUCCAGUCCUCAGCUUUCCCAGGAUGCCGCGGUGAGUUCCAGUCCUCAGCUGUCCCAGGAUCCCGCGGAGAGUUCCAGUCCUCAGCUUUCCCAGGAUCCCGCGGUGAGUUCCAGUCCUCAGCUGUCCCAGGAUCCCGCGGAGAGUUCCAGUCCUCAGCUUUCCCAGGAUCCCGCGGAGAGUUCCAGUCCUCAGCUUUCCCAGGAUCCCGCGGAGAGUUCCAGUCCUCAGCUUUCCCAGGAUCCCGCGUGGUUGUAG